GUUCCCUUCUAUGUCCUGAGUUCUUUUCGUAUCGCUUGUGCAACAAAGAAGUCAACGUUUGCUGCUCCUUCGAGCCUUUACCUUUACACCAGCGUGGCCUUUCCUAGUUGAAUACUAAAUAUAUAGGUAGCACUAUGGAGGUAUCUGAUCCGAGCAUUGAGGAGGCUGCGUUUGUAGCAGACGACGUAAGCAACAUCAUCAAGGAAUCAAUUGACGCAGUCCUUCAAAACCAACAGUACAGCGAAGCGAAGGUUAGCCAAUGGACGUCGAGCUGCCUGGAGCACUGCAUUAAGCGGUUAACGGCCCUCAACAAGCCGUUUAAGUACGUAGUCACCUGCGUGAUCAUGCAGAAGAACGGUGCCGGGCUCCAUACCGCGGCGUCCUGCUGGUGGGACAGUACUACAGACGGAAGCCGUACCGUGCGGUGGGAGAACAAAAGCAUGUACUGCAUCUGCACCGUCUUCGGCUUGGCGAUAUAGCACCCACCAGCCUUAGCGGCGGGGGGGAAAGCAGAACACCCAGUGUGUUGGUCGACAUCGGGGGGUUCGGGGGCGUCGGGCCUGCCUUCUGGCAGUAGAGGGGACUGGAAAGGGUUACUUCAGCCCUUCAUCAGUUGCUUAUGUACAGAGUGGCUGACGAGCCUUAGCAGGUCAAGUUAACGUUUCAUAGCUAUAGCUUCACGGUCUCCACCGGUCCGGGAUGCACGGGUCCAUUUGCGCCUGGGUGGUGCUGGCGGCGCUUUACAGGCCCAUGUUCCGUACAUACAUGCAACAUGCAUGUGGCAUUCUGUUUGCCACAGCGGUUGCGGCACGCUUUUAUAUGUUAGGGGUGGCCUUGCCCGAUAGCGUCAUGCACUGCCUGUGUUUUGCCCAAAGGUGUGACGACAGCCGCAGUCCUAAAUAGGCGUGCAUUAGCAGGAUGGUUUGGGUAGUCUUGGUUUGUUGUUAGCAGGUAGGCGGGUAGAUUGCUAAGGAGACAUGAGGGGGCCGUAGCUGGGGUGGAGUGUUGGAGGCUAAGGUAAAAGAGGUACCCUAGAGUGGCCCUGCUCCUGCAAUCCCAUGAGGGCAGAUUCUCUCUUGCGUGUGAGCCAUGCGUUUGUGUGUGUUUCUCUUUCACUGUAACAGCUUGCGUCUGUCUGCGCUUUCAUGUACGGUUGCAUUUCCAUUUCUUGAGGGAGGUGUUUACAGUCCGUUUGACUGCAUUUGUUGAGCACAGCCACAUUAACAUGCAAGACAGUGGUAUGUCGAGGUAGCAGAAUGAGGCUGCUGGGAGCAUUGGUAUGAGGGGUUGUAACACAUAC